AGCCGAGUCCAAGCCGGAGUCGGAGGCCGGCGGCCGCGUCUCCCUUGAGGUCCCCGCCUGCUGCCCUGCCCCGCCGCCACCCUGCCGCCCCCGCCGGGCCCGCCGUGACGCGGGCAUGAGCCUGCCCUGCGGCCUCGCCGAGCAGGCUCUCCCGACCCGGGGCUCGGCGCCCAGCAGGCGCCGGGCGAAGGAGCUGCUAGAACAAUGCUGAGGCGGGCGAGGUGAAGAGCGCGGCCAACACGGCAGCCCAGCUGGAGGACUGUCUGGAACAGGUGAUCAGAGGUGCCGGAAACCGGGCACCUGGGCAUCCCUCCCCUCGCUUCACCAGGCCUGAUACCCCAGAGACGGGGGAGAAGCCAUGGCGACCAAUUUCAGUGACAUCGUCAAGCAAGGCUACGUGAAGAUGAAGAGCAGGAAGCUCGGGAUCUACCGGAGGUGCUGGCUGGUGUUCCGGAAAUCCUCCAGCAAGGGGCCCCAGCGGCUUGAGAAGUAUCCAGAUGAGAAGUCAGUGUGCCUCCGAGGCUGCCCCAAGGUGACUGAGAUCAGCAAUGUCAAGUGUGUCACUCGGCUCCCCAAGGAGACCAAGCGGCAGGCGGUGGCCAUCAUAUUCACUGAUGACUCGGCACGAACCUUCACCUGUGACUCAGAGCUGGAGGCUGAAGAGUGGUACAAGACACUAUCUGUGGAGUGUCUGGGGUCGCGGCUAAAUGACAUCAGUCUGGGAGAGCCUGACCUCCUGGCCCCAGGGGUGCAGUGUGAACAGACAGACCGCUUCAAUGUCUUCCUGCUGCCCUGCCCCAACCUGGACGUGUACGGCGAGUGCAAACUGCAGAUCACCCACGAAAACAUCUACCUCUGGGACAUACACAACCCCCGUGUGAAGCUCGUCUCAUGGCCCCUCUGUUCAUUGCGCCGCUACGGCCGGGACGCAACACGCUUUACCUUCGAGGCUGGCCGGAUGUGCGAUGCUGGGGAAGGGCUCUACACCUUCCAGACACAGGAAGGGGAGCAGAUUUACCAGCGGGUCCACAGUGCCACCCUGGCCAUCGCCGAGCAGCACAAGCGUGUCCUGCUGGAGAUGGAGAAGAAUGUGAGGCUGCUGAACAAGGGCACAGAACAUUACUCGUAUCCCUGCACACCCACCACCAUGCUGCCCCGCAGUGCCUACUGGCACCACAUCACGGGUUCCCAGAACAUCGCUGAAGCUUCCAGCUACGCUGGUGAGGGAUAUGGGGCAGCCCAGGCCAGCUCAGAAACGGACCUCCUCAACAGAUUCAUCCUACUAAAGCCAAAGCCCAGCCAGGGGGACAGCAGUGAGGCCAAAACCCCCUCCCAGUGACAGUAGUGCUGGUGAACAGAGAAGACUGCUGGGGGCUGCCUGCAGCCUUCCGUGGACAGCCAGCCUCAAAUGGCUCUUGGCCAAAAGCCUGAAGAAAGGGAUCAAGCCGUCCCCCUCCUCGCCCCCAAGGGUGAGACUAGACCAAGGCAAGGGCUGGCCACACCACCUGAGCAUGUGUGAAGGCUGGAGCUACCGUGGGACUAUAUAUUGUUAAUGAUUUUAAUAUAUACGGCUUAUGACAUAUUCUAUAUUAAUGAGAUCCCCUCUAUCCUUCCCUGCCAACACAUACACAUUUUUAAUCCCAUGACCAGGCUGGUUUUGAGUAUAAGGGCAGCAGAUUCCCUUGCCUCCAUGGCACACCCCUCCUGCUGCCAGGACCUGUUUGAACUACGAGGGCCAGAGGAGGGGGACAGUCAGAACUCGAGGCUGGCACUCUGACUGCUGGCUUUUCCUGAACGGCCCAGGGGCCAAGAUAGCAAGUGGCUUUUCAGUUCCUCUGGGCCUAGAACGGCACAGGAAGGACCUAUACUUCCUCUGUGCCACUUGCCAGCUUUGUGCUUAGCAUCUUAAGCAGAGGUGACAUCUGGGUGAUGCCUCAGGUGAAAAAUCUGUUUUUAAAAUAUAAUUUCCACACAGGCUCCUUCCUGCUUAGUAGGCUGAGAAGAUGCCCUCAGGGUAGGGGUCGAUUACCUCAGCCUUGCUGAAGAAGGCUAGAGCUUGUUCCUGCCCAGGGCCAGGCCAGGCGGGAAGGCUGCAGCAGGACUGCUGUGGGGAGCACCCCUGCUGCCCCCUCUCACUGACCAGGGGUAGAUAAUGCCCCAGCAGCGGGAGCCCCUCUGCCCAGUGUCUGGCCACCUUGGCCAGCCAAAAGCACUCAGAAACCAAGACCUUCCCAUUUUCUCCUCCCCACAUGGUGCUGAGGCUCCCUGCUGAAAUGCAAUUAAAGCAAUUGAUUUUCUAGUGCUGGUAUUUAUUGACUACCAUGCAGAAGGGCUAUCUUUCUAUUCACAUCAAACCUUUGGUUGCGUGGUUCUUUAGUUUUUUGGUUUUUUUAAAAAUACUUUGGGUUCUGAUUUGUGGGAAUAGACCUUCUUGUAAAUAACCACUAUUCAAGUUGUGGCAGGAGGGUGAUAAAGCAAAAGGCCCCUCCCAACAGAGCCUAGAGCCAGGGAGGUGGCUUAGCCAGCUGAGCUUUAAGUGACCCAGGGAAUGACCACCCAGAGGGCACAAGUUAGCCUGAAGAGGGGAACUGGGGUCCACAGGCCUUCAGGGAAGGAGGCAGAGCUGGCUGGCUCAGCUAAGUGGCACGAUGACGCAUGAAGGAGAUUAUGUUGUGCUCUUUAUUGCCAAAAAUAAACACGUUUAAAAAGACAA